AUGGCAGUUGAUUCACCCAAAAGCUCAAAGAGGAAGGCCUCGGAGGAGCCUGCCUCCCAGGAUAGUCAGCAGCAGGCCAGCAAGAAGGCACGCACCGAUUCCCCGGAAAAGGAUGAUGACGGCGCACUACACAAACCACCACUCCGAAUCGUUCCUUUCCCCGAAAAGCCUGCCGUCUUGGAGGAACGCCGAGGUGAUAUCGAAUUCCGCGUGGUCAACAAUGACGGGUCGCAUGACAGCUUCAUCGUCCUCACUGGCUUGAAGUGCAUCUUCCAAAAGCAGCUUCCAAAAAUGCCUAAAGACUACAUCGCCCGGCUUGUUUAUGAUCGAUCACAUCUGUCAAUCGCAAUCGUCAAACAUCCGCUGGAGGUUGUAGGGGGUAUAACAUACCGCCCGUUUAACAGCCGGAAGUUUGCCGAAAUUGUGUUCUGUGCGAUUUCCUCUGAUCAGCAAGUCAAAGGCUAUGGUGCGCAUCUCAUGUGUCAUCUCAAGGACUAUGUCAAAGCCACCUCGCCAAUCAUGCAUUUUUUGACAUAUGCCGACAACUACGCCAUUGGUUAUUUCCAAAAACAGGGCUUCACCAAACAGAUCACACUGGACAAUUCUAUCUGGAUGGGGUACAUCAAAGAUUACGAGGGAGGUACCAUCAUGCAAUGCACAAUGGUGCCUAAGAUUCGUUACCUCGAACAAGGCCGAAUGCUUCUGAAGCAAAAAGAGGCUGUUCAAGCAAAGAUUCGCGCAUUUAGCAGGUCAUAUAUAGUUCACGCGCCCCCGAAGGAAUGGAAGAACGGUGUGACUAAAAUCGACCCCUUCGCCAUUCCUGCAAUCAAGGAAUCUGGAUGGUCGCCUGAUAUGGACGAACUUGCCCGCCAGCCGCGCCACGGACCUAACUACAACCAACUGCUACAUUUGCUGAAUGACAUGCAGAAUCAUAGUGCUGCUUGGCCCUUCACGCAGCCUGUGAAUCGUGACGAAGUGCCGGACUACUACGACGUGAUUCUAGAGCCGAUGGAUUUGUCCACGAUGGAGGAGAAGCACGAGAAUGACAUGUAUCCGACUCCGCAGGACUUCAUUAAGGACGCGAUGUUGAUUUUCAACAACUGCCGACGCUACAACAACGAGAGCACCUCGUAUGCGAAGAAUGCGAACAAACUUGAGAAGUUCAUGUAUCAGCAGAUUCGCAACAUCCCCGAGUGGUCGGUAAGUUGA